CACCAUCAUCGGAAUCUUUGUAUCAGAUUAGAUUUAAUCAUGUUUUUUUACUCAGAUUUUGAAGCUGAUUUCGAAAAAAAGAAGUCUUAUAAGUCUAACAGAAAAGUAGAAUAGAAAAUUUUGCAGAUACUGAAAAAAAACGACAUCUACUUAGUUUUUGAUUUUUUUUUCUAUCCGAGAAAGCUAUUCACAAAAGCUAAAAAGUAGUUUUUCUUGAUCAGAAGAGCAAAUUCUAUCGAACUAUGUAUAAAACAAAGGAAAAAAGUAUCUUAUUUAGUAUUUCCCGUUGCGGACACAUUAUAAGGAGUUAGACUUCAUGUCUUCAAACUAUAUGCUUGUCAACAAUAGACGUUUUAUAAAAUUGCUGUGAAUAAUACAAGAACGUUUAGAAAAGUUUAUAUGUUCGUGAUAUGAAGUUUACAAACUCAGAAACUCUUCUUCAUGCAAGCUGUUGUGUAUGAGGCCUUUAAAUGGCAAGAGUAUCAAGAAAAAUUCAAAACCAUGAUUUUUCCAAAAAAUCUGGAAUCUUACAAGAAUUUUUGACAAACCAAUACAUUAAAAGUUCAAUAGUUUCUUGAAGUCUUAAUAAGGGCUUAAAUCCGUCUGAAUUUUUCAUUAGAAUACUAUGUAGUAUAGAUACGCAAAAAAAGCAUUGAAAUCAGAAGAAAAAAAUUGGGAAGAUUUCUUCUUGAAUCUAUGAAUCGGUCUUGUUUGUCAAAUCGAGAUUAUUAACUAUAAUUUUAUAUUCUUUGAAUACGUGACACUAUUACGAUAAACAAAAAAAGUUUUUCUUUUGUGUAAUAUCAAUGGCUUAAUUCCAGCUCCAUAUCAAACGUAUGGUAAACAAUGUGUUAGUGCUAAAUGUGAUUCAUCAAAAGGAUUAGUAUGUAGAGAUAUAAAUAAAUCUAAAAUCUGUCAGUGUCCAUCGGGCAAUUGGUUUUGGUAUAGUAAUACAAAAUGUCGCGAAUGUCCACCUAAUUGGAUUGUUAGUAAUAAUAAUACUGGUUGUUAUUUAGUAUCAUAUACAGAGUUAAAUUUCACUGAUGCUUAUCAAUGGUGUGCGACAAGUCAAAGUCGACUUAUUGAAAUCUUAAAUGAAAAUAUAUUUCUUACAUUACAAUCCAUCAAAGACUUUAGUUUUAAUUUAACGAAAACUUAUUGGAUUGGCUUACGUGAAACUGGUCCUAAUGAAAAUAUUUAUCGUUGGGUUACAUCAACAUCAACAUUUUCUAAUUCAAAUUAUUUUUGCUCAGGUCAACCAGCUCAUACAUAUAAUUAUUAUUUUCAAGAAUAUGAUCAAUGUAUUGGUUUAUAUAUUCAAUCAAAUACUUCAUCAUGUUUACGUGAUUCAACAUGCUCCAAUGUAUUACCAUUUAUAUGUGAAUUAUGUAAGUUUUGUAUGUAUUUUACAAUUAUAUUUUGUCUGUUUUCUUUUUAUAGAUUAAAACCAAUACGACUUGCUCUUUUUUUUGCUUCAUAUAUCAAAAAGAUAAUAAAAAGUGAAAAAAAAUUAAAUGAAAACUUCGAAUGUUGAUAAUCAAAAAAAAAUCGAUAUCUCAUAAAGAACAAAGAAUCGUUUUUACAGUUGAUCAUGCAUCGCUUUACAACCAAAAUAUAUUCACAUUUCACUAGGAAUUAUGUUUUUAUUCUGUCUUUGUGAAGCAGAAAAUUUAUUUUUCGAUCAAUCAACUAAUUCAAGUCUAAAUAAAAUAUUGAAUAGUACCAUUUGUGAAGUCUAUCUCUAAGAGAACUCUACUCACACAUAGCAGUAUGUUUCUAAUGAAUAUUAUCUAUGAAUGAUUUCAUUCUCUACCUCUGACUCCUCAUCUAUCAACAGCUAUAGUUAUAGCUGAUGAUCGAUACGAGCAGAGAGAUCAGCGGCUAACUUUCGUCGCUGCAAUCAUUUUGAUUGUCUCAAAGUUUAAAAAAAGUAAGUCCACAAAAAUUUACCUUUUUGAGUGGCUUCCUUCAAUACAAAGGCAAUGUACGAUUGAAGAUAACAAACCGAAGGCUAUUGAUAUAACUAUGAACCUUCAUUUCUCUUUUUGAACCAAUAUUUUCUGAAUUCGAAUAUCUCGAAACCAUCGCGACACAAAAUAUGAACAAUAUAGUGUACAUCAAGAAAGAACUAAUAAAAACUCCCUGAGGGCUAUAUAACACCGGUGCUUGGCAAAUCAUUCAUCAAAACUUUAAUUAAUACUGAUACUAGCUUACAAUAUAAGGAGACUCUCUAACUUUUUCGACCCAUAAGUACUCCAAAUAUAAUUGUCAAUAACAAACCUAUUUGUUAAUAAUCAUUCAAAUUUAACUCAAUAGAAUAAGAAUUUUUAUUCAAAUGAAAAGAGAGCAAAGAUUUAGUAGGCAUGUAUCUACUAAGUAUUCUUUGCUAUGAAGAAAUAGAAAAGUCUCUUUCGCUACUUUUUCCGUCGCUUCAGUUAGUCGCUCGCUAAAACAAGAAAACAUAAAAUAUUGCUUGACAUGAGUGUGCAAAUCAUAUAGUUACAUUACCACUUCUGCUCACUGUUUUCUCAUUACCUCAACAAAGAAAAAAUCAAGAACAUGGAGUUUCUGAUUGAUUCUGAAAACUCGAAAGAAGGCCUACAAAAUAAGAUAUUUUCGUGUCUUUUUUAAGAUAUGUUCUGUGUUAAAUAAGACGAUGUAAACUUCAUUGCGACACGUCUUUUGUGUAUUUUUCAAAGGUCAUCGAGAUAUUUUCAUUGGAAAAGUAUGGCUUUGACUUAAAAUUGAUAAAAUAUUUGAAAUCACCAUAAAAUCUUGAUUCAGCUUAUGUGUAGUUGAAUGUAUUCUGACGAAUUUUUUUCUCCAAAUCUCCAAAAGUCCGGCUGCGAUCCCUUCAAGUGUCCAGCCGAAAAAUUGAUUUUAUUUGGAAAGCCAUAUGAUCAAUUGAGAAUUGCCGAAUACGAUGUGCGCUUUUUAAACACCGAUUUUGAGGAGCGUGAGAUUUAUUUAUAGCAAAUGGAAACUGAAUAUUAAUGGACAACAUAAUCAAUAUGUUAUCAAAACGAAGACUCAAUCUUAUGUCCGAAUCUCAUGUAGAUCUUAUUACUUAAUUGGAUUAAAUAUGAGCCUGACGAAGCAUCACGAAAUUGCAUUUGUUUAUACUUUGAUACCUGUAUCUCAUCAAUAUUCAAUGCAUAUCCUAUGAAAUUUUUAUCGUAGAUACAAACUAUUUAGGUCUAUCAUCAGUAAAAAAUUCCAUUGAUUUUUCUUUAGUCAGACCCGAGUUAUUCAAAAGAUAUCGGUCGUUACGAAGUUUCAAAAAAUAGAAUUUUUAAAGGACUGUGUAAAAGUUUAGCAUUUUACUACUAAACGAAGCGAUAUAAAAAAUAAAUGCUUUAUAUGAAAGUUGUUCGAUUGUUCUCAACCUUCCAGAAUAUCAGGUCAUUUCUAAAGUAGAAUAAUUGCAUCGAAUGAAAUUAUAACAAUACUUUCCGUUAAGAAAUUUCGUCUUUUCCUGAUGUUGUAAUGCUUGAGGUCUAGGAACUUAAUAUUUCAAAUCAUCAUGAUAGAAAUCUUCCUUCUUUAUAAUCCAUGAGUAGUUCAACAAUAGUUUCAUCGUCCCAAUAUGUCAGUUUUACUUUCACAACGAAAUCACAUUUGAACGUCGAUCUAUUUUUCAGGCAAAAAACAUGUCAUAUAACAAUGCAUAAAACUAUACCCUUCUGUAAAAGUUAGUCAAUGAACCUUUUUAUAAGCAUCUGUUGGACGAAAAAUGGGAUUUAUUACACUCGUCUGUUAGGCAUUUCACAGCUUUCGACACGUUUGACAAUCUAUCGAUAAUCUACUUUCACUUGUAGAGACAGUUUUCUUCGGUUUUGUGAUUCCAUACACUGCUAAUGCGAGAGUAAUCGAUGCCUGGCAAUGUUGAUAUCAUAUUUCAUUGUUUUUCUCCUUGAACUAUGAAUACACAAUAACUGUGCUUCAUAGACAUCCAUUAUAUUUUAAAGUUAGUUCUUUUCAUCUUGUGUCAUCGUCAAACUGAAAUCAGAAUUUGAUCUUGAAAUUUUGAAUAAUUAACUUUAAAAACAUUACUCCAAACUAUUGGAAAAGUCAGAGCUAAUAUUAUUAUUUUGCAACGUUAGUGAUUACACUUGACGGACUACUUUAGGUAUAAGCUUCAAAGACAAAUAUUAAUGAUUGGUUUUCUUCCUUUAACAACAUCAAGAAAAAGAAUGCAUAGUGUCAGAUAUUUGUCUAUUUGGUUGAAUUAUGAUGUGUGAAGCUAGAAAAUGAGUCUGUUUACAUUCUAUUUGAGAAAACAGAAAUUAGACUGCAAGACAAUGCUUUUCGAAGUAAUUAUGUACUACUGGUUAUUAUAUCCAUACAUGUCAAACUUGAAAAUUGAAUCCAAUUGUUCAAUUAUUGAAUAAGUCAAAUUAAUAUAUUUAACCAUCCAAUAAUUCUAUGUAAAUUCAUGGAGAGCAAGCGCUUUGUCUCCACAUGACUGACUUUUCAUACUAGUAUCGCGGCGUGAAUGCGCGAAUCUCCCUUCCAAAGAAUCGCGACCUAUGCGGUUUUCUGUGUAAACAGUAAUUGAAGUGUACCACGUUUGGAUCAUGCUAGCUAUAAGUUUUCCGAAGCUACUUGACCAUACAACAUGUUUUCUUACCGAUGCUAUGUUGCCCUAAUCAUUCGAACAGUCUAGACAAUACCCGUCGCAUCUCAGAAUAAUUGAAUAGUUGAAUAUCUUUGCUUCAAUUAUUCAAUGAUCAAAUAGUUGCACAUCUGGAAACGUCUUCAAUAACUGAGCUCAACUUUCAGGCUCGACAUUACUGCUCAUAUCCAAUAGCAUAAUGUACUCAUAUAAUGUUUUCAGCAUUCUUUUUUCAUCAGAAUAUCACAUUGACACGCUUCGAUUUAAAAUUAUUCAGUUUUAUAAUUUUUAGAAUAUUUUUGUUUUUCGUAUUAUUUUCGAUUGAAAUUUUACAUAUUCAUUCAUAACUACUUGAAAUGUCAUACCAAAUUACAGCAUUGAAUAAAAUAGAAAAUUUUUUCUAAGCCUUCAAUCAAUUCAAAUAGCUCUCAUUUUAAAUUGUAUCAGUCUUUGCCUACUUCUUGUUAUUAAGUAGAUUAGUUCAUUUGAUUGAUAAUUAUAUACUGAUCCAAUAAAUUAGAAAGAUGUUGAAACGCGUUGAGUAAGCUCUUGUAGAAAUGAGUUUUGCCAUGUGUAUUUUUAUUUUAUUUAUAGUUUCUUCACUUGUUCAUCAGAGUUAUAGAUGUGUGUCAUGAAGACGUCGAGAAUGAAAACUCCGAUCAUACUCAUUCGAAUGAGAGGAGAAAGUAUCCAAAUCAAGCUGACACCAUUUUGGCUUCUAGUCUUUCUAACGACGCUUUCUUCGCUUACACACUACAUCCAAAAAAGACAAAUUUUUGAAGUUUUAGUGAUCUUGUGUCGUUGAAGAUUGUUACAACGAUGAAAAAAAAACCAAAUUUGGCAGUCUUUUUCUUUCCCCAUCACUACAAUGGCCUUGAAUACAGCUGACGAUAGCAAAACAAUCAAAGAGACAAUCAAUCAAUAGUAUUUCUUAGAAAUAUGCUGUCAACUAAUGACA